AUGGCAACGAUCAACGGAACGGUCGUCGCGUCGCCCUUGGCCACGGCCAAGUACGUUGCCGGCGUCUUUCCUGCCCAAUUCGAGCCGCUUAUCGAGGCUGUCGCGCAGACCAGCGUGUGGACGGUCCUGUUCACUGUGCUGGCCAUUGCCGUAGUCUACGACCAAGUCAGCUACCUUUCGCAGAAGGGCAGCAUUGUUGGCCCGGCAUGGAAGGAGCCGUUUAUCGGUCCCUUCUUGCAGAGCGUCAACCCCAAGUUUGAGGAGUAUUAUGGCAAGUGGGUGAGCGGCCCAUUGAGCUGCGUUUCGGUGUUCCACAAGUUUGUGGUCAUCGCCUCGACCCGCGACAUGGCCCGCAAGGUGUUCAACUCUCCGACCUAUGUCAAGCCCUGUGUCGUCGACAUUGCCCACAAGCUGCUGGGUGCCGACAACUGGGUAUUUCUCGACGGCAAGGCCCAUGUGGACUUCCGCAAGGGCUUGAAUGGCCUCUUCACCCGCCGGGCUCUCGAGUGCUACCUGCCCGGCCAGGAGGAUGUGUACCACACCUACUUUAAGCGGUUCGUGAAGAUCACCAAGGAUGCUGGCGGCAAGCCUGUCCCGUUCAUGAGCGAGUUCCGCGAAAUCAUGUGCGCCCUGUCGUGCCGCUCGUUUGUCGGCAGCUAUCUGCCAGAGGAGUCCUUCAAAAGAAUCGCCGACGACUACUACCUCAUCACGGCUGCCCUCGAGCUGGUCAACUUUCCUAUUAUCCUGCCCUACACCAAGACCUGGUACGGCAAGAAGGCUGCCGAUCUGGUCCUGGAAGAGUUCUCCAAGUGCGCGGCUAAGAGCAAGAUCCGCAUGCGUGCCGGCGGCGAGGUCAACUCCAUCAUGGACGCCUGGGUCAAGGCUAUGGUCGACUCGGAAAACUGGCGCAACGCCGAGGCCAAGGGUCUGUCUAUCGAGGGCCUCGAGAAGCCGACACCGCUCCUGCGCGAAUUCAGCGACUAUGAGAUUGCCCAGACCAUCUUCACCUUCCUGUUCGCCUCCCAGGACGCCACCAGCAGCGCUUGCACUUGGCUCUUUCAGAUCAUGGCCCAGCGGCCCGAUGUCCUCGACCGUGUCCGCGAUGAGAACAUACGUGUGCGCAAGGGUGACCGCAACGCUUCCGUCAACCUAGAUGAGCUUGAGUCCAUGACCUACACCCGUGCCGUCGUACGCGAGCUGCUCCGCUAUCGGCCUCCUGUCCUGAUGGUUCCUUACCUCGUCAAGAAGAAGUUCCCCAUCUCCGAGACGUACUCUGUCCCUAAAGGCGCCAUGGUCAUUCCCACGACGUACAUGGCUCUGCGCGACCCCGAUGUGUACACCAACCCGGACGAGUUUGACCCGGAGCGCUACUACACCGGUGACGCGGAGGAGAAGGGAGCCAAGAACUACCUCGUUUUUGGCACUGGCCCACACUACUGUCUCGGCCAGCACUAUGCCCAGCUGAACUUGGCCCUGUGCAUCGGCAUGGCCUCUAUACGGCUUGACUGGAAGCACCACCCGACUCCUCAGUCCGAGGAGAUCAAGGUGUUUGCCACGAUCUUCCCCAAGGACGACUGCCCCUUGACGUUCACAGAACGAAAGUGA